AUAAAAAGAUAAAGAAAGAGAGAAAAGAGAUAUAGUUAAAAUGCAAUGUUAUACAAAUGAAGAAGCACUAGCAAGCCUCUUCAUCAAUGUCUCAACCUCCUCCUUUCUCCUCCUCCUCCUUUUAUACUCCGCCGUCUCGCUCCUCCUCAAGUUCUUCCACUUCAUCGGUGGCUACCCUCUCCUCCAAAGGAGUGAAGAUGAAUAUGAUUCGGCGGCGUGGCUUUCCGAUGAAGAAGAAGAAGAGGAGGAGGAGGAAGAAGGGGAAGAGUUCAAGAUGUCUUGUAAUACAAGUUACCACGUGAUAACUAGAGAUCAAAAACAGAAUCAUUUGAUAGCUGAUAUAGAAGAUGAUGGAGAGUCUUUAGUGUUUUACAAUAAUAACUACAAAAAUGUUACAAACAAUCGGCACACGGAGGAGUAUAUGAAUGUUCAUCAACCUUAUGAACAAGAAGACGAAGAUGAUCAAGAUUCCAACACUUCUUCCAUAGAUGAACACUUUUCCUCUGCUAAUGUUUCUCCUUACCGCAGCGAAUCAUCAGUAGAAGAAGAAGACAACGGCGUUGAAGAUCUUCAUGACGUUCGUUAUGAUCAUGAUGAUGAUGAAGAAGAGAUAGAAGGAGUGUCACAAUACGACGUCGUUGAAGAUUUGGUUCGUAAGCGACCAGAUAGAAGUAUUCGUGGUCCCUCUCCUCUCCAAAGUGGUUUGGUGUUCAAUGACAAAAGCUACAAUGGAGGGUAUGUCUCUAAUGGAGGAAUCAAGAAUGAUGUCGUGGAGAUACAUCCAGCAAUGGGAUUUGCCACGAGAGAGAUCAAAACAGAGGAAGUGUUAGAGGAAGAAGAAGAAGAAGAGAGAGGAAAGAUAUUUGGAGAGUCAUGUACGAAUGGGUCAACGUCAAAAAGUUCAUCGGAAUGGAGAAACUCUCUGAAGACCGACGAUCCUUUUUCCUCCUCCUCUCGUCGGAGUUGCCCAAAAUGGGAAUCUUACACCGUCUUCCAAAAAUACGAUGAAGAAAUGACUUUUCUCACUAGAAUCUCUGCUCAAAAGCUUCAAGAAUCAGAAACGUUGAAGUCAAUCAUGGUAGAGCCAAGAUCGAUCUCAGAGAGGAUCGUUCACAAAUUAUCAUCAAACGUACACAAGAGAAAGCAACAAAACACAAGUAGUAAUGCGCCAAGACCAAAUCCAUACGUGGAACUAGAAUCAGCUUACGUUGCACAGAUAUGCAUAACAUGGGAAGCUCUAAGUUGGAACUACAAAAGCUUCGAUAGAAAAAGAUCAUCCACGCAGCGAAUCAGCUUCAACGACAUCGGAUGUCCCGCAGCAAUCGCGGACCAGUUCCGUACGUUUCAUAUUCUAUUACAAAGAUACGUCGAGAACGAGCCUUAUGAAAAUGGAAGGAGACCUGAGAUUUAUGCUCGAAUGAGAACUCUUGCUCCCAAAUUGCUUCUUGUUCCUGAAUAUCAUGAUUACGAGGAGGAAGAAGAGAAAGAGGAGGAAGAGGAGGGUUUCAAGUCGAGGAUAACGUCAGCUGCGUUCUUGAUGAUAAUGGAGGAAUGCAUAAGAACAUUCAUGAACUUUCUAAAAGCUGAUAAAGAGAAGCCAUGUCAAAAGAUCAUCAAAGCCUUCUUUGGAAGAACUAAACGAGGCUCAGUUGAUCCAACCCUUGUCCAUCUAAUGAAGAAAGUCAACACAAAGAAAAAGACGAAGCUGAAAGAGAUACGUAAAGGAGGAAAAUACAUGAAGAAGAAAAAGAUGAGUAUAGAAGAGGAAAUGGAGAUCCUGAUGGGACUAAUAGACUUGAAAGUGGUGUCAAGAGUGUUGAGGAUGAAUGAAAUGAAUGAAGAGAAGUUGCAUUGGUGUGAAGAGAAGAUGAGCAAAGUUAAGAUUAUUCAAGAUGGAAAGGCGUUUGAAAGAGAUUCGACUCCACUUUUCUUUCUUCCACAUUGACCCCACUAGUUUAAUCCAUUCUUGUGAAUAUACCCUUUAUUCUUUCCCCACUCACAUCCUUUGGUUUUACACGUCGUAUUGGAGGAGAUCUUUUAGACAAAACUACGAAUAAAGAGCACCAUAAAGUUUGAAAUUUGAAUAAAUAGAUAGGGGAUAUACUGUAGAUUACUUUAGUUCCUUUUUACUUUCCUUUUUCUUUUCUUUGUUAUGUAUCUUUUUUUUAACUUU